GAACAGCUGAUUCGCGUUUAUUUGGGUUGUAACAUUUAUUGAAUGCAACAGAUAAAUUGAAUUAAAGUUUGAAACUAAAUAUAGUUCUACAAAUCAGAAAAUCAUGUCGUUAAAGCGCUUUAAUUUGAAGACCAGACCACGACGGAAUCGUGAGGAACUCUUGCAGAGCAUAACACGCGAUCGCGCCUUAUUGAACGCCUAUUUUCAAGAUCUCACAGCUAGAGAAGAGUCGAAGUCCCAGUCGAUAACCCAGAAGGAACCACAAACGAAGUCUCAGUCGGCAGCUCAGAAGGAAACAUCUCUAAAUAAAGCAAGCAAAAUGCAGCAACGCGACAGUUAUGAUUUGUUUUUUGAAAGUGCCUGCAUUAGUAUCAAAAGUUUACCGCCAAAAUUAGCAGCAGAGGCCAAAAGCCGCAUCUCACAAAUCAUAACAGAAUUUGAGCUGCGAGCUAUAUCAGAAGAGGAAGAGAAACAACAUCAGCAGCAGCAGCAACAACAGCUCGUUAAAACAAUGAGAGUGAGUGAGAGCGAGGACGCUUCAUCUGGCAUUGUUUACGAAUUUCAACCUUACACUUGAAGAAAUCUCUAUCAGCGAUCGCAAAUAAUAAUUAUUUUAAUAAUUAAAAUUAAUUGUAACUUUCUAUUUUGACAAAAUUAUAUAAUAACAGAAUUCAAUAAUUAAGU